AUGGGUUAUAUCUCUCUACGGGCAGCGAAUGCAUGCGUAUAUACCACAUACGGAGUUUUUCUAGUUCUUGGACUAUAUGUCGCCUGGAGAUUUCGUGGGAGAAAGGAAUUCCUUGCCGCGUUGAGGUCUCAGCCUCCAAUUCCUCUGGCGUUCAACUUCCUGGCUUCUGGUGAGUUUUUCUGGAUUACCUGUCAUUUUACUGAACUUGAGACUACUAUGGGAUGCGGUAUCCUAUUGACGUACCCUCAGAUCGGAAUCGUUGCCGGUAUCCAAGGUGUGCUCGUCUAUGCUCUGAGCUCGUCGUUGCCGAUCAUGCUCUUUGCGUUUGUCGGGCCUCUGGUGAGAAAACGGUGUCCCGAGGGGUUUGUCUUGACUGAAUGGGUUUUCCAGCGGUUUGGAUAUCUUGCUGGUUUAUACCUCGGCGUCUUGACCAUCUUGACUAUGUUUUUAUACAUGGCUUCGGAGUUGACCUCGAUCCAGUACAUGGUCGAGUACCUGACGGGUGUCAACGGAUUGGCUGUGAUGAUUGUUGAGUGCGUUGUGACGACUAUUUACACCACUUUUGGUGGGUUCCACACCUCCUUUUUCACCGACAACAUCCAGGGUGUCAUGAUGACUUUGCUUCUCAUCAUUGUCUCUAUUGCCAUGGGCACUCAGAUCGACAUCGAUACCUCGUACAUCAAGGAGUCUGGUCUGACAGGCUCCACGAAGCUCGGCUGGCAACUAAUCUAUAUCCUGCCAAUCGCAAUCGCCUCGAACGACUGCUUCCUCUCUGGGUUUUGGCUGCGAACAUUUGCGUCCCGAAACGAUAAAGAACUCUACAUCUCCACCGGAAUCGCUACUUUCCUGAUCUUUGUGUAUCUCACGCUCACCGGCUUCACCGGCAUCAUCGCGGACUGGGCGCAUAUCUGGCCCGGCUCGGACGACGAGGACUCGUCGCUGGCGUUUUUCAUGCUGGUCGAGACACUUCCCGGCUGGGUCUGCGGCUUCGUCCUCGUGUUUGGCGUCGCGUUGUCGACCGCCGUUCUAGACAGUCUGCAGUCGGCGAUGGUAUCCUCUGUCUCGAACGAUAUCUUCCGCAACAAACUCAGCAGUAUCUACGUGCGAGCGAUGGUCGUCGUCGUCAUGAUCCCCGCCGUCUUCGUCGCCACCAAAGCCCCUAACGUCCUCUCGAUCUUCCUCAUCGCCGACCUGAUCUCCGCAGCAGUCAUGCCAAGCAUCCUCCUCGGCCUCGUGCCCCAUCUCUACUUCAUGAACGGCUUCGACGUCAUCGUCUCCGGCUGCGGCGGCGUCCUCACCGUCUUCCUCUUCGGCCUCGUCUACUACGACGGCGACGUCAACAGCGCCGGCGGCCUGCUCCUGCUCAAAGACGGUCUCUACAACGACGACUGGAGCGCGUUCGGCGCCUUUGUCGCCGCGCCCGUGGGCGCGCUGCUCUGGCUUGUCGGCGCGGUCGUCGUCCGCGCGGCCGCGAUGUGGGUGUAUUCCAAGGUCGCGGGGGUGCCGUACAAGGUGUUUGAUAAGCCUGCUCCGUCGCCGACGGAGCUUGUCGACGUUGGCGGGGCUAAUCUUCGCGGCGAGGUGGAUGAGGACGAUGUCUCUGGAUUUGAGAGAAUUUAUCAGCCAGAGCAGGAGACUAUUAGUUCUUUAUCGGGCAAAGAUGUUAAGAUUGUGUAG